GGGAGCGGAAGUAUUGUGCUUGGCUGCGGGCUGGCCGGUGUGCCACAGUGAGAGUCCAUCAUGUCGCUGCGGUUUACGGAUGAGGAGUUCCAGAGUGCGUGGAAGGAGCUGGACGAGCCGCAGCUGGGGGGAGGAUGGGAGCUGUUCGUGGAGACGAUGGGAGUGAAAAUCUACCGGCUCUAUGACAAGGAAACUGGACUUUAUGAGUACAAAGUCUAUGGUGUGCUCACCACCUGCACUCCAGAGCUGUGUGCAGAUGUCUACAUGGACUUGACGUAUCGAAAAGAUUGGGAUGGAUAUGUGAAAGAGCUAUAUGAGAAGGACUUUGAUGGACAGUCAGCCAUCUACUGGGAAGUGAAAUACCCGUUCCCGCUGUCAAACAGAGACUAUGUUUAUGUGAGGGAGCGGAAAGACCUGGAUGUGGACGGCAGGAAGAUCUGGGUGAUCCUUGCCAAAAGCUCCCCGGAGACGCCGUGUCCAGAAAAGAGCGGCGUGCUGCGGGUCAAAGACUACAAGCAGAGCGUUUCCCUGGAGAGUGACGGAGCUGGUGGAACUAAACUUUUCAUGAAUUACUUUGACAAUCCUGGCGGAAAUAUUCCCACCUGGCUGGUGAACUGGGCAGCGAAGAAAGGGGUUCCAGGUUUCUUAACGGACAUGCAGAAGGCCUGCAGUAACUACAAAAACUACUGCCAGAAGAAAUGAGGGCAGCUGACGGGAAAGUGGCUUCUGGUCAAGAGCUUUGGUUGAUUUUUCUUUCUGUCUCUUUAGUUCUGGGAAGCAUUUUUAAAAUUGUAUAAUUACACUGAAAUUGCGUUUACGGGAUGAAUGUGGCUUUGUGUGGGCUGCUACUUGUUUUUUCUAGCAUGCUGUUGACUCAGGCAUGACGUGCAUGGCCGGCCACUCUGAUUAAAUAACUGCAGGGAAUCAAUUCAAGUCCUUUGUGCUGUAUUGAUUAAUACUGUGUUGUUUUGUUUGUGCAAUCUAUGUAAAUUCCAAUCAGGAUUAAUGGGAUGCCAUGGGAUAUUUUUUUAAAUUAAAUGUUUAUACAGAAGUUAUAGAUUAUUCCUUUUGGGCCUGUGUAGUGAAAUCUUGUAUAAAGUCAUUUACUGUAAAUGUGACAGAUGGAUUAUGUAUGUAGAUUUACUGAAGGUUUGAAAAGACUGGAAUCUGUUCAUUUUCGACUGCAUGUAGUUUAGAUAAUCUCUUUUUGUUUCCGAUGAAGUGAAAAUGAAAGUACCUUUUAAAGGUUUCGGGAGUUUUAGUCAAAGAUACAAUAUAAUCUCAGAUAUUGUAUAAAUUCAGGCUAUGUUUCCUGUUGAUACAGGUGAAUGUGGUUUUAUCUGGUCAUAAAAAGCCUAUUACUGUGUAAUAUUGCUUUUAUUGAUAUAAUUAAACUUUAAUUUUAAACUAUA